GGUUAGAGUGGUGGAGAGAGGGAAAUUCAGGCAAUCCCUACCUCCUAAAGCACCUAUGGAUCACUGCUUAAAGCAGCUAUGACUUACUGCCUUUUCUCUCUGUUACAGGUCUUGCACUGCAAUUAUUCUUCUUCUUCUUUCUUAAUCAACUAAAAAUGCAGCUUUUCAUCCCAGAGUGUGCCUUAGUGCAGCAGCAUCCCAACUUUGCCAACCCUCAAACGGAUUUGGGAUGCAACCAUCAAUGUGUGUGCAGUCCACACCAUCAGAGCUGGAAAGGGAAGAAGUUACAGCAUCUCUUUUUGUGCUGUUCACGGGGCUUUUGGGUAUCUUUUGAACAUGAAUGGCCCUGAGGAAGCCCCAGAGUGAGAGCUGACGUCAAUGUCCACAUGGUUAUGUAAAUUUUAUGUUCCUCAAAGUUGAAAGUAUGUGAGCAGAAAUAUAGAAAAAUUAGAGGAAUCAUGUUCUAUCAGGCAACAAUCUGUUGGAGCACCAGAGCAUGGACUGUGAGAGAUUGUCUCCUCAUGGCUGAGCCCUGCUCUGUGAUAAAGUAAAAAGUUAAAAUGUGCUGGGGUUCAUUCCAUUCCUCUUGGAGAAAAUUAUUUUCAGUAACACCUGGAGCUUGCUCUAACCCCACCUGAAAGCUGCUGGCUGGCUGGCUGGCUGGAUAUUCCUGCUCUCUGAAUGGUCCUGGAAUGAAUCCACCGUUAAUAAAACCUCUCUCAAAUAUUUGGAACGUUCCUGCUGGAAAUUGCAGACCUUGGCCUCUCUUCUGCCCAACAACAGCACCAGAUCCCUGGGCUCUCAAAGGAAUCAAACCAGCCACCUGAGGUGCAGCAGUGCAGCUGGUAAAGCAAUAUACUGAGACCUGUAUAAGUCAGUGGAUGUGAGGCUGGACAGAGCUUUAAGGGAGAUUGUUUCUCUUCCAGGUGAGAUGCUUCUCUGUCCACGCUGGGUUGGGUGGGAGAAGAGCAGGAUGCCCGACCCAGAGCUUCUGCCUGAAGGGGUGGAUGGAGUGAAGCAAUGCCGUGCCAGCAGAUCUGAGCGUGCAGAGUCAUCCAGCAAGGGCUGAAUUAAAAAACGAGGAGCCAAGGAAGUGCUUUUUGCCUUCCCCAAGAGCUGCAGCUCCCAGAGCAAGGCUGUGCUGUCAGCAGAAGGGUGGCGCGGGCUCAGGACCUGCAAUAACACCGGCACAGCUGACUCACGAGCAGCUCUUUUAUUCAUAAAAAAACCGGCUAUAAAUAACCCCCCAACAAUGAAGAGCUGCUGGGGAGUGUUUUUCCAUCCUGCUCUAGGCAGUUAGAGCCCGCACAGAGGAUGAUUUGCCUAGCACAUGGUGAUAAGAUAAAUAGUUGCUGCAGUGACAAGAACAAUACGGGAAUUAGUGGCAUUUUUUCACUUCCGAGCGCGGUCCCGGCGGAGCUCCGGGAGCAAGGUGAGUUCUGAGCACGUAGGGCAGGGAGGGGUCAGGUGCUGUCAGCCCUCAAGGGCAUCCACGAGACACUUCACUCCCGGGGAUGGUCCUCAGUGGCGACCUGAAAGGACACACUCUUGGAUUUUUUUUUGCUCUUUUCCUGUUAAUUCUCUGAAAGCUAAAAGCCUGCUAGAAACUCUCCAUUCAGGACUGAAAAUAGGGUUAGUAAUGUUGAUCUUAAAAAUCAGGAUUCUUGGUUUGUUUCUUUUUUUCCCCCCCCUUUUUUUUUCCCUUCCCCCCCCCCCAAGCCUUUCAGCCUAUCACUAUUAAAGUGACAAUAAAUUGCACUGCAGUCAUAUCAAUUAAGCUUUUAUUUGUGCCAGAAAGUGAAGGCACACUCAGGGAAAGACAUUCCCUCUCCUUAUGAAGCCUGUAAUCUAAAUAAGCAGGGCAGACAUCAUGUGAUCUCCUCAUUUUUUUCUAAAGAAGCUCACCUGGCAGGUACUUGGUUAUCAGUUCUCCAUGCUGCACCUUGGGAUAAUUUCGAAAGGAAUUGCUCUGUGAGUUGGUUUUGGACAUUGAACCUAAAGAUGUGUGAGGAUCUUGGUCAGAGAAGGUGACACUCAAAGUUAAGCAGGGAGGUGACAGCAGGUCACUGAACUCCAGGCUGGUUUUUCCUGGCAGAAUUAUUGCAGUUGUGUCCAUAGCUACAGGGGAGGUGGGAACACCAAAACCAGUGAAAACUGCAUUUAUUUUGUUGCCUCGAGAGCCACAGCAACAAAGGUUUUGGGGAUGCUCCCCCAGCCUGGUUUCUGGAACGUGUGAGGUCUGACAUCAUCCUGCUGCUCCCAAGGGAAGUCUGGGGGGGAUGUGGUGGUUCAUGAGGCUUUCACGAGUCUGAGCCACAGGAUCCCACCAAGUGCUGAGGGGAGGGAGGCCAGAGCUGUGCCCAGCCCUCCAGCUGAGGGGCUGCAUCCCAUGUCCCAGCAGAAGGGAUGAGGGCUGGCUGGGGCUGAAUCUGUGCCACAAAGGCAUCAGAGACCCAAAGCCCAGGCUGUGGCUCAGCUCUUUGGGCUGGAGGCCGAGCUGUUGCUCUUAGAAGGAAGAUCUAAGGGUUGUGAGGGUCAGACUGGCCCGGGGCCAAAUCCUUGUCACAAAUUACCCAGGAGGAAUCGCCCCUGCGAUGGGAGAGGGAAGCACUUCCAAGAGACUUCAAACCCAGAUGAGUUUUGUGAUUGGGAACCCCCCCCCGUGUGUGAGAAAACACGCUCAGUGCUCUUCAGUUACUUGUGUGUUGCCGUUUUAUUCGUUACAGUUCCCCCACCACUGAACGGAAAAUCUGGAAUUUCACAGCUCUUGGUGAAUCACAGUCAUUGGGCCUUCAUCUUCCACGAGGAACGUGGGCUGGCUCUGAUCCUCCCCGAGUCUGCUCUGUUGGGAACAAGCACAAGGUCGUUUCCAUGGAAUACUCAGGAGCAGGGAUAAGAUGUUUUCUGAUUUCUUCACAUCUAAGUUAUCAAUGGAAGGCUUUGCUUGCCAUACACCUGGUUUUAGGCCCCGUGAUGGCCACUGACAGAGUGAGCAGGUGGAUAUUCUGCUCUCACUGAAGGUCGUGGCAGUGAACCCUGGAUCCAUGGAGUGACUCUGCCUCCAUGCUCAGCUGAGCUGGGUGGCACUGGCCAUUUUUUGGCUCAGUUUCAGGCAUAACUCAGUUCCUCAGAGUGCUCUCAGCACAAAGGUUGCUCUGCAUCACGCCAAGAUAAGUGUGUCUGUUGUCCAAGGGUUACUGAGCAGAGCUGGGACUCGGCUCCUGGACCGAAUUUCCUGGUUUAAGAUCACCUUGGGAAUGUCCCAGCUGGGGCCUGUUGUCCUGAGCCCUUGAGAAUCCCUGAGAGCUGCAGUUGUGGGCAGUUCUGAGACUGAGCUGAGGGGGGUGAAGAUGCAUUUCCCACAACAGCCACUUGAAUCAUCAUUAAAACUUCCACCUGAAGCUUCUCAUGUCUCCUUCUCCAUCUCUUCAACAUGUUCAGUGAUUAUUUUCUUCUCCACAGGCACAAUCAUCAGGUAAUUAUUAUUGAACUUGGAGAUUCUCUACAAAAUAAGGCCAUUUCUUAUCAAAAUAACACCAAUUCAGACAUUCAGAUAUAGAAUUCUAAAACCAAUCAUAGAACUAAAAGAAAAACAAUUCUAGAACUAAAAAAUGUUGUAGAAGGUGAGGUCUAGAUAAUUAUAAAUCAAAGGCUGCCAACAGCAUGGUACAGCCAGUGUUUGAGGUGUCAGCCUGAGCUGCUGGAGAUUAGAUUGGGUUCUCUGGACUUCUGAGGGAUCUUAAACAAAUAAUGUGAUUGCUCUUUCCCGUUCAUGGGAUGUAGAUAACACUCUUUCCUCGAAGAUGUAGAGUGAGGUAAGUACCAGGAAGAUCACACAGUUCCUGGAAUAUGGGAGUAGGAAAAUGCCCUUGAACUGAGGUUGUGAUGUGCAGAGGUUUGGAUGUGUAGCUGCUCUGUCUCUGAGUUUUCAAUUCAAAGUAGUUUUCAUCUGAUUUUGAGAGCUCCAGCUGUAUCCCAGAGGGUUGGAAUGCACAAACCUGGGGGUUUCUGUUUGUUAAAGCCCACUAAAAAAAGCAGUUUCCACACUAAUAUUGUCUCCCCUAAUCUAGCAACAUUAUGCUAAUUUUUAUGUAAUUCUAUUAGGGAAAUAAGAUUACAAAGCUUUUGUGAAGAGCUGUUUAUACUACUUGAUAUUAUUUUAAUUACAUUCCGAUCUCAUUUUGUUUAGUGCUUAGUGCUUGAACGCCAAAUUUUCAAAUUAGAGCAAUUUCAAGUAGCAUUUUCAGGAAUAUCUGCAGCAUUUCAGAUCAUUGAAAGGAUUUGCUGACUCGAGGUGUUGGCACUGAUGAGGUGACAGAAAUAGUGGAGCCCUUGUUCAGCAGCAACCUCACACCAGAGGUGUGGCUGACAGGGAGGGUUCCAGGAUGCACAAAGGAUGGUUUAUCUGGGACACUGGGAGAAGAAUAUUUUAUAGGAUGUUAAGACAUCCACAGGCUUGAUCUGUCAUUUUGCAGCCCUUUCUUUCUAUAUAAUCAUUCUUUGCAUUUCUAUGUGACCACCUGAAAUACUUAAAGUAUUUCUAGUACGUAAUUAUUGUGUACUAAUUGCACACUAACCUGAAUGCACUUUCGUACAUUUCAAUAGGAGAAAAGAAGCCCUAGAAUUUUCCUUUUCAAGCUCCACAUUUUAGCCUGAAUUUCUGAUGUUUUAAAUUUGGCAGAGCUAUCAGAGCUCACAGAUUUCCUGCUCUAGAGCUGGAAUUGCUGCUGCAAUGAUCAGAUGUCAGUGCUGAGUGUGGAAAGCCCGUGAACUCAGCUGAGCUGCUUGGCAGUAUCACAGUAUAAAAUUGUUACUCAUGGAAAUUAAUCCUUUGUUAGGAUGACAGUGAGAAAUGAAUUAAAUCAGAAUAAAUUCGGACAUAACGUGGCUUUACCUGGGUAAUUGUACUGCUCACCUGAACUGCUCUGCUGCUUAAAAUCUCCCGGUUCCCACUGAACCUUGUAUUUUGUUCCAGCAGUGCCCUCUGCUGAGAGCAUGGAAUGUGUGCCCGAAGGCUUUUUUUCUCCAGGGCUCAAGUAUUUUAAAUCCAGUUCUCAAAAAUCAUUUGCCUUUACAAAGACAGAGAAAGAAAAGAUAUAAUGAUAUUGGUGUUGGUUUAUUAAUGUGCAAGUCACACAUUAAAGAAACACAAAAUAUCCUAUCAUGAGCAUGAGUAGUGAUGUCUGCUGCUGUUUAGCUACAUUCUCAUCCAGGAAUUAAGGUGGAAAAAGGCAUUUUCCUAAUUGCUUAGGCAGGAGCUGAGGGCCAGGUUGGUGACCCAACACUGAUGUUCUUAUUUCAGCUCCAUCAGCCACACACUCCCCCCUCCAAACCCACAAAAUCCUGCUCUCCGUUUCCUGACUCUCUAAUCCUUUAUCAUCUAAUUUGUUGGUGAGUUAAAGCUAAAUUCACAUUAAUUCCAUUUUAGACUAUCCUUAAAGAAUUUUAAACUACUGCUGUGAUCAUUCAUCCUCUCAAGAUCUGACCAGAUUUCGCUGCUGGCAAAGGUUGUUUUCAGCAGCUCAUCCGUGUAGCAACAAAUAUGUUUUCCAGUUUGGGCUGUCCUAGCAACUGAACGGUAAUUGGCGAUGCCCUGAGGUGGUAACCCAAAUAUUUAAUACCACACGUGGUUAAAGUUUAAUCCACUGUCAUGAUGAUGAUGAUGUGGCAACAGAAGCUGCACGUCAGGGUCCAUUCCCCACCUGGAGAACGAGGUGGUAGCAGCUCUUGUGUGGUGAGGUCUCUUACAGAGUAUGGGAUGAGUGAAGCCGACCUGGUUGAGAGCUGAAAGGAGGAUUUUCCACCAUGAAUGGAUUUCCAAACUGCUCUGCUAACUACACAAACAUCUGGAGUCAUUCUUUGGUGCUUGCCCUGGGCAUCCCCCAGCUGACCAUCAACGUGGCGUCCGUGCUCUUCAACUGCACCGUCAUCCUCACCCGCCUGGCCACCAAGGACCUGCACAAGCCCAUCUCCAUCCUCUUCUGCAAUUUGGCUGUUUCUGAUCUCUUCACCAGCUUCUCUGGCUUUUGGAUUUCCACGCUGUUCAUCACCAACCCCGAUAUCACCGUCUUUGGGUCCGAGGACAUGCUCGCCCCUUACGCCUUGUACACGACGUCCAUUUUAUCCACCAUCUACAACCUGGUGAGCAUCGGGGUCGAGCGGUACCUGGCUGUGGCCAAGAGCAUGAGGACGAGAUUCAGGGUUGCCAGAAACCAUUCCAUAGCCGUGGUUUUCACCAACUGGGUCCUUGCUUUCUUUCUGGGCUGCUUGCCACUGAUGGGGUGGAACUGCCUGCACAGGGAAAAGAGCGUCUCGGUCCUCUACAGCCCGUUCUGCGUCAACUACCUCUUCUUCAUCGCCGUCCCCAACUUCGUGGUGGCCUUUAUCAUACCUCUGUUCACCUACCUCAGAAUCAUCAUCAUCCUGAGGAGGAGGAAGCUGAGGAUGAAGGCGUGUGGGCAAGACACCGGCACUUACAAAUCGGCUGAGACCCAGGUGGCCAGGACCAGCAUCUUCAUCUGGCUGCUGGCGCUGAUCUCCUACGCCCCGUUCUUCGCCGGGGUCAUUUUUGAUGCCACCAACCACCGGUGCCACGUCGACCUCUACCCGGGCGUCUACAUCUUCAGGAACUGCACGGCCAUGCUGAUCACCAUCAACUGCCUGGGCAACCCCCUCAUCUACACCCUCAAGCUCAAAACCCUGGGGGCCAAGCUCAAGGCUCUGAAGUGCCCCUCCACCAACAGCGUCCGAGCCUGUGCCAUCGAGCACAUCUAGGUGGGGCUGCCCCUGCUGCAGCACUGCCUCACCUGCCCAGAGGAGCCAGGGGGAGCUCUGCAAUCACUCCACAUCCAGGGGGAUUCAAAAAACGCGUGGAUGUGGCACUUGGGGGGGCACGGUUUAGUGGUGGGAUGAUGGUUGGGCUUGAUCUUAGAGGUCUUUUCCAACCUUGUUUCCUGUGAUUCCAUUCCUGAAGCCCAGGUGCUUCAGCACCCAGCGAGGGGGAGGUGUUGGGGUGCAGAAACCAGCACGGGCAGCCCUGAGAGGGGGGCUGGACUCUGUGUCUCCCAAAGCCCUCAGCAGCGAGGAGCUGUGCUGCCUGGCUCUCCUUGGGGAAGCGGCUCAGUGUGUGCCCCUGGUCUGUGUUGCCUCCAGCUGGGAGCAGGGGAGCUGUUUUCCUUGGAGAUAAAAAUAACUCCAUUAGCCCUGUUUACUCUGUGCUGCUGCUGCGCUCGCUUCGCUGCCCAGACUCCCAUCCCUGUUGUGUGGUCUGUGUGGCUUUGAAGGCAGUUAAAUAGCUGGAAAAUUCUCAGCAGUCUGGGGGAAAUUGUCAUUUUACUUUCUCAUUUACACUCAGUCAAAUUGUCUCUUUGACUGUUGGAUGAAUCUUUAUUAACAGGGCACUCAGCCCUGUUUUCCUGGGGUAAUUUUAACUGCAGUGUGUAGCUGGAUUACAUGUUUUUGUGAGACAUUUGUGGCUACAUCUUUCAUAUUUCUGCUUAUAGAGGCACACUCGAGUCCAUGGCUUGUGAAAUUUGUGCUGUUCCAGGUGACAACCUUGGCUGGAUCCUUUAGGAUCAGAACUGGAGUUGAGUUGACUGAGCAAAACAAAAUAAAAAUG